AUGUAUUCCAUCAUGUACUUCAGCACGCGGCUUUCAAUUGAUAAAAUGGUAUCAACGUUACUAUAUUUCGGCUACAUGUUCAUUCUCUCCUUGAUCUUUGGUUUGCUGACUGGCUCCAUCGGCCUGACAGCUUCCUUCUACUUUGUGAGGACCAUUUACGGGUCCAUCAAGGUUGACUGGGGUCGUGAACUUUUCGAGACGUGCAUGGCCACCAGAGCGCUAGCGAGCAGCGAUGGUCAGAACGGAGCCUCGGCACCCAAGUGCCAUACUGAGCGAAGUGCCUCGAGGCCGGCUCCGGUAGGUAGGAAGACAUCAGCCGCCAAACUCGCCAGUCUUGAUUGGCAGCCACCUGCUAGUCCAGCCACGACCAUGCGGCCCCAGAGUGUUGCAUUGGAUCUUGGCCGAGCAAUCGAAAGAGGACUAGGUGGAUCUCUUGGAGCAACUCCCGCCUUCGAACAGGAGCUUUGGGAAGUUCGCUCUGAGAUUGAAAAGGCAAAGCUAAGACAUGUGGCUCCCUUCCCUUUUUUUGGAAAGGCAAUGCGCUUUCAGGACGAGUUCGCAGCGUUGCAAAUCACGGAUGAUGGCAGGUUUAGCUACUCCUUCGUUGACUUGAACUAUGAGGUGCAAUGGGCUAUUGUGGCUAUCUGUGGUUAUCUGAAAAUUGGUGGUUUGGAUGGCUUGGAAGCUGUGGAAUUUCGACAGCUCAGGAAGAAGGACCGGAAAGAGCUAGAAGCACUGCACCGGGAAUGGUUUCCAGUGGAGUACGGCAAGAGCUUCUAUGACGAGGUCUUCGAAAGCAAACGCGUCGGCAGCGUGGCUGCUCUACUGGGUGACCUGCUGUUAGGCGCCGCAACCUUCCGGACCCACUUCCAACAGUCGCGCUUUGACAUGGAAUCGGUCGUGGAAGGUGGUGUCGAUGCUUGUAUGAACGGAGCUGCUGGCUAUAUCCUGACCCUGGGAGUGGUGGAUGCUGCCCGGGGCCAUGGCUUAGCCAAGCAGCUGCUGCAAAAAACCAUGGACAGCAUCCGCCAGCAGCUUGGCCCCAAGCUGAAGGCCAUCUGGGUUCAUGUCGUGGAAUACAACGCGCCUGCCAUCUCGCUCUAUGAGCACAUGGGGCUUCAGAUGGUGCGGCACUUCCCUAGGUUCUACUGCUUCCACAAUCAGUAUUGGGAUUCAUUGCUCUACGUGCUCUAUGAGAAUGGUGGACGACCACCAAAUGACUUGAAAGCGCAGGUGUGGAGAGAUGAGAUGCUGGCGAUGCUGGCUAGCCUGAGUCACCCACAGGAAGUGCAUCGACGGUGCCAGGCCUGGUUCUCCUGUUGUUUCACUUCCUGUGCUCGUCGUCGCAGAAAGGUCGACCUGGAGGGAGCUGACCAGCAGUCUCCAGAGGAUCCAAAGGUUAGUCGUGUCCUCACUUAUGAGGGCGUGCUGAUCAGCCCCGUGGAGGAGAUUCCACAGGAGGAGGCCGAGCCUGAAGCGGAGGGCAGUGCUCGAAUCGAGGGCCUGGCAAUGGCCAAGCAUGAGAUCGAAGAUGUAGGUGGGCGUGCCCAGCUGAUGAGCAUCAGCCGGAGCAGCAGUCGCUUUGCAAUCGUGGUGAGUCCCUACUUUCAGCCCAACGUGGCUGUGGUCUAUUCCUUGCAUUUGGCAAGGUCACCGAGGAGGCCCAGGAGAACCCAAUUGGCCUACGUCGGAAGAGGCAUGAAGAGGGAGCUGCAUUCGACCACGAGAAAUGGCGAUGUUUGGCGCUUGACGCAACAAAGAAGACGGGCUCCCAAGCCUAAGUUCAGCAAGUCCGGCUCGACGUCGAUGCUGCCUGCAGCAGCUCCGUCCAAACGGACCAAGGCAGGGGACGGUUGCAGCUCCUCCAAGCUCACGGGUGUGGCUUCGGCGCCUCAACUGCCAGCACUAGUGGACAAGAAGGACAAGAAGGAAAUGACCAGCAUCACGGAUUGGAGAGAUUUCUACAAGCAACGUGCCCAGGAAUUGUACCAACCUGAGAUUGUCGAGAUUGUCGCAACAGAUGUUGGCAAUCGUUUGGUUGGUGGAAAAAUGGGGAAGAUAUGUCCACUGAGUCCACUAUAG